AUGUCUUGGGAAGACGAGGAUAUAUUCAUAAAGCAGGCAUCUCUUACACCAAUUGCGAAAAGUUUCAAGUUAAUGGAAGUUCAAGAAUAUGUGGAUUCUGUCGCUAAUAAAUUAAAGGCAGCAAGAACUUCUCCUCCACCAAUACCCUCUAGGCCUGUAACCAUCGCUAUUGUUGAUGCUGAUCAAAG